ACCAGCAGUGAGUUGGAGAUGGAGAAACGAACGAAGCAACAACUCAGGGACUCCUCUGAUAGGGGUGGAGUCCAGGCAAAUCAGUAUGGCUCCAUCUCUAAUCCUGACCCGAACCCUGUGGCCCAGGAUGAACACUUCUCCACAUGCUUUGAAGACAUGGUGGCCAUUCCUGAAAAUAUUAAUCAGGUAUUCAGUUUCCGCAAACUCUGGGCCUUCACUGGACCUGGGUUUUUGAUGAGCAUUGCCUACUUGGAUCCAGGGAACAUCGAGUCUGACCUGCAGUGUGGAGCAAUAGCUGGCUUUAAGCUCAUAUGGGUGCUCCUUUUAGCCACCAUCAUUGGGCUGUUGAUGCAGAGGUUAGCUGCACGCCUCGGGGUCGUCACUGGCAUGCACCUGGCUGAAGUCUGCAACCGGCAAUAUUCCAGAGUUCCUCGUGUCAUGCUUUGGUUCAUGGUGGAAGUGGCAAUUAUUGGCUCAGACAUGCAGGAGGUCAUUGGCAGUGCCAUAGCUCUCAAUCUUCUUUCUGUUGGCAGGAUUCCACUGUGGGCAGGAGUCCUCAUCACCAUCGUAGACACAUUUACAUUUUUAUUUUUUGACAAAUUUGGCCUGAGGAAACUUGAAGCUUUAUUUGGCUUUCUCAUUACUGUAAUGGCUCUUAGCUUUGGUUUUGAGUAUGUGCUGGUAAAGCCAGAUCAAGGGGAACUGCUAAAGGGCAUGUUCUUGCCUUACUGUGCCGGCUGUGGGCGUGCGCAACUGGAGCAGGCAGUGGGGAUCAUAGGCGCUGUCAUCAUGCCACACAACAUCUACUUGCACUGGUCAAGGUUAGAAUCUCGUGAAAUAGAUCGCAAUAAAAGGGAGGAAGUGAAGGAAGCCAACAAGUACUUCUUCAUCGAAUCAGCUAUUGCUCUCUUCAUCUCAUUCAUCAUCAACGUAUUUGUUGUAGCAGUCUUUGCUCAGGCCUUCUAUAAUAAAACCAAUAUGGAAGUGAAUGCAUUGUGCAACGCAACCGGAAGUCCUCACACAAAUCUCUUCCCCCUCAACAAUGACACACUAGAGGUGGACAUCUACAAAGGGGGAGUGGUCCUGGAAUGUUUCUUUGGUCCUGCAGCCCUCUACAUCUGGGCAAUAGGAAUAUUAGCAGCUGGACAAAGUUCCACCAUGACAGGCACUUACUCUGGGCAGUUUGUUAUGGAGGGUUUCUGGAACCUACAGUGUUCUCGUUUUAAACGAAUACUGCUGACCCGCUCCUUAGCCAUCGUGCCUACUCUGUUUGUAUCCUCAAAGGAUGUUCAGCAUCUGACGUGGAUGAACAACAUUCUGAAUGUGCUUCAAAGCGUGCAGCUUCCAUUUGCUUUGAUACCAAUCUUGACCUUCACCAGUCUGACAUCCAUUAUGAAUGAAUUUGCAAACGGACUGGUGUGUAAGAUUUUCGGAGUCAUCGUCACCCUGGCGGUUUGUGCAAUCAACAUCUACUUUUUUGUGGUUUACAUCAUGUCGCUGAACAGUGUGGUGGUCUAUGUAUUCGCUGGUCUCGGCUCUUUAGCCUAUCUGUGCUUUGUACUCUACCUGGUAUGGCACAGCUUGAUUGCUUUGGGGGUUUCCUGCCUGGAUAGGGUAACCAGUCGACCGACUGUGUUGAUAGAGGAGCAGUCUGAGCACGACUCCUAGAGCAGGACAGUUAACCACAAGCAUUCUUCUUUCUGGUCGUAGACACUUAUCUAUUUUUUUUUAUUGUUGUUUCCAUCAAAGGAACAGUGUGCAUUGAGCAGUGAGGUUGCAGAAUGCAACUGACUGAAUACCCCUUACCUCGCCCUCCACUUCCAGGCAUGUAGGAUCAUCUACAGUCGCCACAAAAGCGAGAAAGGCCCUCUCAAGCCAGUGUUUGGUUUGUGGG